AGUAACUUUGAAAUAUCUCACUUACCUUUGAAUUUCCCACCGUGAACUUGACCUUCAACUUCCAAAUCCUCACAUUUGGACUUUUUGCGCCGGAAAAGUCACCUCACCGCCGACGCUUCCCCGCAUAGCAAGCAGUAGCACAGCGCUAACCCCUCAACACCAAGCUUGGCAUCACCAUCACAUCACCAAACCACCACCACCAUCACCACAACUCAAGCUCAACUCAACGACACGAGAAAGAAGCAACAGCCGACAAGAUGGCCACCUCCACAACCCCAAGAAUCACAGUCCUAGGCUCCCUAAACAUAGACCUAGUAGCCUACGUCUCCCACCACCCCCUGCCAGGAGAAACCAUGACGGCCAACUCGGUCGCCGUCUCCCCUGGCGGUAAGGGAGCCAACCAAGCCGUCGCCUGCGCCAAGUUGUCCCGUUCCCACACCGCCACCACUUCUUCUUCCUCUCCCUCCUCCGCUUCUCCUUCUUCCGAAGGAGAAACCGCCCACAUCACAAUGCUAGGCACAGUAGGCGCCGACUCCUACGGCUCCCUCCUCAAAGAAAACCUCGCCAAACACGGCGUCGACGUCUCGGGCGUUCGCGUCCUCGACACCCCGGGCAGCAAAACGGGCAUGGCCAUGAUCGUCGUUGACGAGCCUACGGGACAGAAUCGGAUCAUUUUGAGUCCGGAGGCGAAUCACUUUUUGCAGCCGGAGCAUGUGGCUGAUGUGGCGAACCUUUCUUCUGCGCAGGGGCAGGGGCAGCAGAAGCCCGAUCUACUGAUUAUGCAACUCGAAAUCCCCGUGCCUACUGUGCUCCAGGCGCUGAAGACGGCGAAGCAGAAUGGGGUGCAGGUUUUGCUGAACCCGGCGCCGGCGGUGAUGUUGCCUGAUAGUGCGUUUGAGGGGUUGGCGCACUUGGUUGUUAACGAGACUGAGGCGGCUAUUCUCAGCAAAGUAAAAGAGAGUGUGUUGGACACGGAGGAAGGGCUGGAGAUGGUUGGACGGGUUUUUUUGGGGAAGGGGGUCAAGACGGUGAUUGUCACUUUGGGUGGACGGGGAGUUUUCUUUAUGACCUCGGGUGAGACUGAGGGGGGAGGAGAGGGAGAAAAGAAGAAGAAGGGAUUGGUCAAGGCGGAGAAGGCCAAGGUGGUGGAUACCACGGCGGCGGGUGAUACGUUUGUGGGCAUGUAUGCGCUGGAGGUUGUCACGGCCAAGAGUAAGGGGGAGCAGUUUGAUAUUGAGGGCGCGGUGAGGAAGGCGAAUAAGGCGGCGGCGAAGACGGUGGAGAGGGCGGGGGCGCAGGAUUCGAUUCCUUGGAGGGAUGAGUUGCUGCUGUAGAUGACUAGAUGACUAGAUGGGGGAGGGACGAGAUGGGAAGGUUGUGGGCGCUGAAGAUGGAUGGACAUGGAGCAUUGAUAUGGAGUUAUGUGUAGACCGGGGGGAGGAAGAGAAAAAGCAUGAUAGCAUCACAUUAACAUUGCAUGGUCUGAGAUAAUAUACGGAAUUGGGUGGUUCA